AGCAGUAAAACUUAAGGAAAGGGAUAUCCUGCAUUUUCUUUUCUUCAACUUAAAAACUUAAUUAAAACUUUGACAGGUAAGGUAGAGACGAGGUCAGAGUAAGGGGGAGAGGGGAGCGUUAAGGUUUCUAAAGAUACAGAACACAAUUUGAAGAGGAAUGAUUUUGAUCAUCAAAGUGAUCCUUAAGGUUUUCUCUACAUCUGUGAGAUUGACUGUGUCAUGUAAAUAAAAGUACAGUGGGACCCAGAAGGAUGCAUUCUUUCUCAAGGAUAGAGAAUAAACAUAGGGGGAGGGCGGCAGAGGGAGCAAAGCAGGAACAUGCCGCAGGCACUCGACUACUUGCUCACAUGAAGCAGGAGCAGACCCUCAGCUGCUGAUCAUCGCUCAGGAUGAACCACAAACCGCGGGGAGGAAAUCGCAGCAGCCAAUCUCCUGGCAACAUGGACAGAUCCGGAACAAGAAGCCAGGACAACCUGCUGCUGAAUGAUGAUUUUAGGGAGGAAUACUGUUCUGCUGGACAAAACCUUGGGCACAGCAGCUCUGACAGGCAGCUCACAGCUCGCAUCAGCACUGUAAAACGGCGCCAGGCUCUACGGGGUCCUGCCUACAUGUUCUCAGCUCCUUUGAUCAGCCUUUCAGACGUCGAGCAACGUUUCCUAGAGGCAGCUGAGUACGGCAACAUCCCAGAGGUGCGUCGCAUGCUGCUUCAGAUCCCCAACCUGAAUGUCAAUGCUGUGGAUUACAUGGGACAAAACGCUCUGCAGCUGGCUGUGGCCAAUGAACAUCUGGAGGUGACGGAGCUGCUGCUGGGGAGGGCAGACUUAGCCAGAGUGGGAGACGCUCUCCUUUUGGCCAUCAGUAAGGGUUAUGUUCGUAUCACAGAGGCCCUGCUCAGUCACCCUUCUUUCAGAGAUGCUAACCGUCUGACAGCAAGUCCUGCUCAAGUAGACAUGUUGGAUGACUUCUAUGCUUAUGAUGAAGAUGGGACAAGGUUUUCUCAUGAUGUGACUCCAGUGAUUCUUGCAGCUCACUGCCAGGAAUAUGAGAUAGUUUACACGCUCCUGAGCAAAGGGGCCCGCAUCGAUCCUCCUCAUGAUUACUUCUGUGGCUGCGACUCGUGUAACUAUCAGCAGCAGUACGAUUCCUUCAGCCACUCACGCUCCAGGAUCAAUGCAUACAGAGGACUGGCCAGUCCUGCGUACCUCUCUCUCUCUAACGAGGAUCCGGUGCUGGCAGCAUUGGAGCUCAGCAAUGAGCUGGCCAUGCUAGCUGAUAUAGAGAAAGAAUUUAAGAACGAUUACAGUCGCCUGUCUAACCAGUGUAAAGAUUACGUGGUGGGCCUUCUGGACCUUUGUCGGAGCACAGAGGAAGUGGAGGCCAUCCUGAACGGAGAAACAGCUUCUGAUGAAAGCUUUGAUUUACCUGGUCGCCCCUCACUGACCCGGCUCAAAUUAGCAAUCAAAUACGAACUCAAAAAGUUUGUUGCCCAUCCAAACUGUCAGCAGCAGCUGCUGAGCAUUUGGUACGAGAACAUUCCUGGGCUGAGACAACAAACUACUGCGAUUAAGCUGCUGGUGGUUCUUGCUGUGGCUAUAGGACUGCCUGGACUGGCUGUGGCGUAUUGGGUCACUCCUUGCAGCAGGGUGGGAAAAGUUAUGCGCAGCCCCUUUAUGAAGUUUGUUGCCCACGCCUCAUCCUUUACAAUUUUCCUGGGUCUGCUCAUCCUGAAUGCUGCUGACCGUUUUGCAGGAACCACCCUGUUGCCAAACAUGACCCACCAUCAGCAACCUGGAAGUUCACAGCUAAAGCUGGACCCCCCAGUACUUCACCGCACAACCACCACCCCCUUUACGUGGAUGGAGAUCCUAAUCAUUUCAUGGGUCAUUGGCAUGAUUUGGGCUGAAGUGAAGGAAAUCUGGAGCCAGGGACCCGGAGAGUACCUGGUUGAACCAUGGAACUUCUUGGACUUUGGGAUGUUGGCCAUUUUUCUGGCGUCCUUCAGCUGCCGUUUCUCUGCUAAGAAGCAAGCUGACUGGGCCCAGGCCUAUGUGUACAAACAUAACAAAACACUGGACCAACUGAGCCGAGAGAAAUGCUACUUCAUUCUGGCACGUAUCGACUGGCUGCCCUCAGAUCCUCAGCUGGUGUCAGAGGGCCUCUAUGCCAUCGCUGUGGUGCUGAGCUUCUCUCGGAUUGCUUACAUCCUGCCAGCCAACGAGAGCUUUGGUCCACUCCAGAUCUCUUUGGGAAGGACUGUCAAAGACAUCUUCAAGUUCAUGGUCAUCUUCCUGCUAGUCUUCUUGGCGUUCAUGAUCGGCAUGUUCAACCUGUACUCUUACUACCUGGGAGCGAAGCAGAAUGACGCCUUCACUACCCUGGAGGAGAGCUUCAAGACUUUGUUCUGGGCUAUAUUUGGACUAUCAGAGGUCAAGUCUGUAGUGAUUAACAAUGGACACAAAUUCAUAGAGAACAUUGGUUACGUUCUGUACGGGGUUUACAACGUUACCAUGGUGAUAGUGCUGCUCAACAUGCUCAUCGCUAUGAUUAACAGCUCCUUCCAGGAGAUUGAGGACGAUGCUGAUGUUGAAUGGAAGUUUGCUCGGGCAAAACUUUGGUUUUCGUACUUCGAGGAGGGAAGGACACUCCCUGUUCCCUUCAAUCUGGUCCCCAGUCCCAAAUCUAUGCUGGGAUUGGUCACAGCCAUAAAGUCCAUGCUCUUAUAUGUGGUUCACAGACUCAAUAAGAAGAAAGCUGAGAUAGAGCUUAAUCAACUGGGAAAGAGCAAAGAACCAGGAUAUGGGGGAUCUAAUGGUCCAACAAGAUAUCAGAAGAUCAUGAAGCGUCUAAUCAAGCGUUAUAUAAUUAAAGCUCAAGCAGACAGAGAAAGCGACGAGAUCACAGAAGGUGAGCUGAAGGAGAUUAAACAGGAUAUUUCAAGUCUGCGAUAUGAGCUGCUGGAGGAGAAAUCCCAUAACAUGGAGACACUGGAUGGUCUUUUGAGGAGGCUGGGAGAUUUUAAUACAAUGUGAUCUUAGCGCUGUCUAUUGACGACUGCUAAAACGAACAGCAGAUAAACUGUUUUAAUAUGGAGAAAAUGUAUGCUGUGGAUGCAAAGCUAAAAUAAAUGCUUUUUGUAAUAUGUGCAUAUAGGAGUUAAAAAACAUCAAUUUGCCUUUAAAAAUUUCCCAACAUUAUCUGUCAAUACUUUUUGUUGUUGAUGCUUUUAUUGGAAUCACACAUUUAAAGGGUCUAAUAAAGCUGAUUUUGUAGCUAUAUGAUUACCUUUUAAAAUGCCAUUUGUAAAAAAGUAUAAAAUUAUAAAUCAUCUAUUUUUCCAACUAUUUAACAAGGAACAAAAUAAAAACUGUAUGCUUACAAAUGGUUUCAGGCGUAUGAAUACAUUUGGACUUAUGUAUAUGUUAGGUUAUAUGUGGAACCAAAAUUGACAAUCAUUUUUUCAGGUUUUCUGUUUUAAUCCCACCUUUUAAACAAAGCUGCGCUCACUUUUAAAAGGAAAUUACUCUGAUCAUUCUGGUAUCUUUUAAAACUUUAUUUUGUAAAU